AUGUCUGUUCCCCCUGAAGCCUGGCAACUUCUCGUGGAGUUCAACUUGUCUCCAGAUUUCUUGUCAGAUUCUUCUUUGAGUGAUGCUCCAAGUGACUUUGAUUGGGAUGAGCCUGAUCUAACACCACUACUUCCUGUCAUAUCAUUUCCCCCGAAGAGCCCCCCUUGUAUCCCACUGUCCACGAACGAGAAUCCCCAAACUCCUGUGAAAGGUACAUCCUUACACAUCCCAGAGCCGAACAAAGCACCCCGAAUCAAAUCCCCAAAGCUGUCUCCUUAUUUUCCAAAGGUAUUGGCCGAUGCGGAAUCCUGUCUGCCAUUCCCGCCAAUCGAUGUCCCAUCUUUCGGGCUCAUUCAAGAACAGCUUGCACACGACCCUUUCCGAUUACUCAUUGCAACCAUUUUUCUGAAUCGCACACGGGGCGGAGUUGCCUUACCAGUGCUGUUCAAGGUCUUUGACCACUACCCAACAAUUGAGGCCAUAGCAGCAGCAGACGAGUCAGAAUUUGUGUCGAUGAUCCGUUGUUUAGGCUUCCAAAACCAGCGCGCAAGGAAGUGCAUUGCACUCGCAGAAACAUGGCUCACGAACCCCCCACAUAAAAACAAAAGAUAUCGCAAACUUCACUAUCCGCGCAAACUGGACGGCCGGGAUGUUGGCCGCGACGAAUGCAUCAACGAAGAAGACCUCCGAGUUGCCUGGGAAAUUGCGCAUUUACCUGGAGUUGGAGCCUAUUCCCUUGACAGCUGGCGCAUUUUCUGCCGCGAUGAAUUGCGCGACAAGGCCUCUGACUGGCGGGGAACCGGUGCAACGGAGGUAGGAUUUGUGGCUGAGUGGAAAUGUGUUUUGCCGCAAGAUAAAGAGCUACGUGCGUAUCUGUCAUGGAUGUGGCUCAAGGAAGGUUGGAUCUGGGAUCACAAUACGGGCGAUUUGACGCCUGCCAGUGACAAGAUGAUGAGGGCUGCUCAUAGUGGAGGAGUUGCUCAUGAGGAAGAUGGCAAUUGGGUGCUUGAGACCUCCCCCGUCAAGGCUGUGAAUGGAUUGCAUGGAUCAGAAUAA